AUGAAAUACUUGGCACUAGUUUUUGUAGGAUUACUUUUCACGUUUUCCACCGGUAUAUCAGGAGAAGAGGAUUGUCCGCUUAAAAAAGCUGUUCAAGCAAGUAUCGAAGCAUGCAAAGAUAAACUUACAGAUGAUAGCUUAAAUCUCUUGAAGGAGGAUGAGGGUGCUGAUAACGAGGAAAUACGAUGUUUCAAAGCUUGUAUAUUGGAAGACAGUGGAAUAAUGGAAGAUGGUAAAAUACAGGUGGAGAAAGUUAAAUCAGCACUCAAUGAAGCUGUUGAAAAGGCCGAAGAAAACAAGGACAAGAUUGAAGAAAUGGCUAAAGCUAUAAUUGAAGCUACUGAAAAGUGUGCUGAAGAAGCUGGAAAAGCUGAAAAUGAUUGUGAAAAAGCACACCUGUUCGUCGCAUGUCUUAAGGGAUAUGAAAAUCAAGAAUAA